GCUCUCGCCAAGAAAAUGCAGGAAUCUGAUGUUCAGCGACUCAUUUCAAUUCUCACCAGAGAAUUCACUACAGAAUGGGUACGGACAAAUGCUCCUCACGGAAUGUGGAAAGCCUUGAAAAACGUACCCAGUCUGGAGUCUGGACAUAUUCAAAAGACCCUGUUGGGUGUUGGAUUCAAGGCUUGGCUUUCCCACUUCCUUGCGGGCCAGCGAAAAGAGACUCAUUACAAGGGGCAUGCUGAUGACACCUGGGCGCUGAAUACGCUCCAAACCCUCAAUCCGGAGCUUCUGCGAGAAGUGGCAGGAGCGAUCGAACGAACUCAAGUUCAUCCGACCGUCUUGAACGCAAUAUCUAAGCUGAAGGAACAACGCGGUGUGAGUGUGAUCCAGGCUUCAGUAAUGGAUGCCCAGAACACUAGCGAAUUUCAGUUCAGCUCGACCGCAGUUGUCCAAGAUUUGGAGCCGCAUCAGCCAUCUAUACCCCCUGUUGUGAACAACAACACAUUGACUACUGGGACGAAUGCUGAGUCGACUUCCACAUUGAGGGAGAUAUCAGAUUUUCAGACAGUCUCAAACCCUCCUGCGAGGUACUUACCUACCCUGUUCCGCCCCUAUAUGGUGUCGGCGGUCAGAAAGAGUGGCGAACGAGCCCACAUAGAGAUGUUAUUUCCAUAUUCAUAUUCCCUUGGGAUGGUUUGUAUGAGUCUAGCCAUCUUAGCGAGCAAAGUCGAAUUUCUUGCUCUGAAACUCUUUGGUACCCAAGUGGAUUCUGAGGGUGACUUUCGGUAUAUCGAGCAGGCGAACGGAACGAAACUUCUCAUCAAGAACGAAGUCGUUGCACAAGGUGCUCAAGACGCAGGAAUUGUUGAAAUACUUGGUCCGACGUUGGGCCAGAUGCUCGAAGUGAGUCCCGCGCGAAAGGAGGAAAGAAAUCAAGGAAUUCUUAACACAAGAUUUGUAACAAUGCAAAUACCUGGCAAUGUCAACCAGGACGGUAUUCUCAACAUCAACCUCGGAGAAGCUGAAGCAUACCAGGUGAAAGAUAUGCUCUUUAAAACAUGA